AUGACAACCAACACUUACUUACCAAAUAUUCCUAUUAAUUUUGAAAGAAAUGGAUAUUAGAAUCUAGCUAAAUCUUAGUAAAUAAGUCCUGUAAAUGGACUUAAAAAGAGAUUGUUGUAAAUAAAUGAACUAUAAGCCAAUACCAGUAACCUAAUGCUUUAGACAGGUAAAAUAUCAAGAAGCAAUAGAAGUACGACAAGAUUUCAAAUAGAAGAAAUAAGACCUGAAAGUAUCGCCAAGAAUCACUUAUUAUAAAAGAAAUAAUAUGCAGAAUUUUUAAACAGAAUGGGGAAAGACCAAAAGAUGAGCAAUGAGGAGGCUUUUAGAAUACUUGGAAUUCCAGAUUUAAGAUAGUAAUUUGAAUAGGAAUAAAAAAAUGAUGCAGAAGAUUCUGAUUUAGAACAGUUUUGGUAACCAAUACCGAAGAUGAGAGAAACCUAAGUAAAAUUCGCUAAUUGGGCCAAAGAUCAAUCUGAGAAUCCCAGAUAGUUUCUAGAAGAAACAGCAAAAGAGCUUUACGCUGAUUUUGAAUUCACUUAGAAAAAUACAAAGAUGUUUUCAGAUCCGAAUAUUCCAAUUCAUAUAAAUUCAACCCCAGUAAUCAAAUGCUAUGAUGCUCUAAAUGAGUUAUAAGAAAAAGGAAAAUUAUUUUUCAAACUACCAUUAAAAGAUAUCUUAGAAUAGGAUAAGAAGCACUUUGAGAAGAUAAUGAACAAACUUAAAAGGUCUCAUUAAAUAGAGUAAAGAAACUUGAAGACUCAAUUGAAAAAUAACUAUCUGAAGUUAAUUAAUGAUAAAUUGCAUAAAAUUUAAGACUCAUUAGCUUUUGAAUUCGGGGAGAUACUAAUGCAGGUAGAGAAAAAAGAUCUCUUAAUAUAAUAACUGUAGGAUUAGAUUAGUCAUUAUUAGAUAAUGCUAACUAAUUAAGAGCAGCAUCUCUCAGAAGUCGUGAGACAUUAAACUCUAAUUGAAAUUGAGCAUUUAUCACAAAAGCUUGAAGAGUAAGGAAGGAAAAUUGAGAGAAAUCACACAUUAUAUCAAGCAAGAUUAGACUAUGAUACAAAGGCAACAAUGACUUAAAAAGCUAAUUACUUGACAAAAAAAGAUCCACUUCUAAAUAAACAAUUUAAAAUGUACAAUUCAUAUAUCUGGUUAGAAUUAAAGGAAAAGGAAAAAAUUGCAGCAAUGUAAAUUCUAGAGGAAUUUGCUGAUUUGUUAAAUGAGAAAGAGUACUUUUGUAAGGUUAAAGAACUUGACUUGGGAAAUUAUCAGUACAUAUUAGAGGAUUAUUAAAAGCAAGAGAUUAUUAAGGAUGCAAAGAUUGAAGAAUUGAAAGAGUAGAUAGAGCAUCUUUAGAAAGAUCUUAGUUUUGAGAAAAAAUCUCAUUAAUCCAAAAUAGAUAAUAUCGUCAAUCACUAUAAAAGCAUUAUCAACGACUUAAACAGUAACUACAUAGAUCUACGUGAGUUUGUGAAACUUGAAAUAGAGGCAAGGGAAAUGAUAUAAGAAAAGUUAACAAUAAUCAAUUUGGAUUUUAAAACAGAAAUUAGAAAGUUAAGAUUGAUACUUAAAACACCCAGAUUGUACCAAUAAUACUUAAAGGAUAUGGGAAUAAAUGCUAAUCCAUUUGUGACUCAGAUGCCUGUUGUCUAGCAACUAGAUAAUUAAAAGAAACCAAAAUCCAGACCUCCAAAGAGAUUAAGCCAAAAGUUGAAUAAAAUCAGUUUAGGAAUGAUGAAAAUGCGUUUUUUAAGCAAAGAUAAAACAGGAUCGUUAGACAUGCUCAGUCCUCCCUAGAGUGGCAGAAUAUAGUACUCUUCCCAAUCUUAAUUUUUAUGA